AAAGGGAAACGUGUGAGGGAAGUUAAUCCUGAGCCGUCGUCACUCUUAGCAGAAAACUAAAGGGAAACGUGUGAGGGUAGUUAAUCCUGAUCCGUCGUCACUCUCACACUCACAAGCUACUGUGGCACCGGAACGACGUCGUCUUUGUCUCCAUCUGCGGAGAUGGAACAGACGUUGCUGGAGGCAGUGGAGAACGCCAUUGGGUACAGAUUCAGAAAUAAGAAGCUUCUAGAAGACGCCCUCACCCACUCCUCCUUCGCCAACGCCAUCUCCUACGAGCGCCUCGAGUUCAUGGGCGACGCCGUUUUGGGCCUCGCCAUCAGCAAUCACCUCUUCCUCGCUUACCCCACUCUCGACCCCGGCGACCUCUCCCUCCUCCGCGCCGCCAACGUCAGCACCGAAAAACUCGCCCGCGUUGCCAUCCGCUACGGCCUCCACCGCUUCGUCCGCCACAACGCCCCUCCCCUCAUCCUCAAGGUCAAAGACUUCGUCAACGUCGUCUCCCAAGAGAACCACCUCGUCGCCUACGGUGGUUUGGUCAAAGCCCCCAAGGUUCUCGCCGACAUUGUCGAGUCCGUCGCCGCCGCCGUUUACAUCGACGUUAACUUCGACCUUCAAAAACUCUGGGUGAUAUUUAGGGCUCUCUUGGAACCGAUGGUGACCCCGGAUGAUUUGGAGCAACAGCCUCAACCGGUGACGAUGCUCUAUGAGAUUUGCCAGAAGAAGGGGAAACAUGUUGACAUAAAGCAUUGGAGGAACGGUGCCAAAAGCAUUGCUAGUGUCUAUGUUGAUGGAAAGUUUGUGGCCUCUGCUUCCUCCGAUCAGAAGGACAUUGCAAAGCUUGAUGCUGCUAAAAUUGCUUUGCAUAAGCUAGCAGAAUUGCUUCCUGUCAGUAAUUUCAUGUUAGAUUUUUGUGCUGGCGAUGAUGGUUCCUUCGUGUUUGGAGCUGCCAAACACAAGCUACACGAGCUCUGUGGGAUGAAAAAAUGGUCCAAACCAGUGUAUAACAUCGAGAAGGAUUCAGGUCCCUCUCAUGAAAAGAAAUUUGUGUGCUCUGUUCAAAUAGCAACUGCAGAUGGUAUACUUAAAAUGUCAGGGGAUGAAAAAUCUCGGGUGAAGGAGGCAGAGAACUCUGCAGCUUCCUUCAUGAUUCGGGCCUUACAGGAAUGUAAUAAUCUGUGAGAUUGGUGUUGUAAUCAAUAAUUGUUUAGGUUGUCUCUCAUCUCUUGUUGUAGUUUUAAUACAGGAUUGUUCACCAUCAUAAUGAAUACUUCAUAUUCUUUGACAAUAUAACAUGAUGGGGAGCGAUUAUUGAGUAAUUUGUUUGUUGUUUCAUAUGGCAAUUUAUCCGUAGCUGCAGUGAACUUUCUAAUGGAUCAGUGAUAACUUGUAAUUUGGGAGUUUAGACGAGUAUAUAUGAUGUCUUGCCCAUCAGUGUGAUAGUCAAUGCGAAGUAAUUCUUAAUUUUCU